UCUCUACGCUCACUCGCACCUCACCUCUCUACUGGACUGGACUGGACUGGACUGGACUCGACUCGACUCGACUCCCUCUUUUCCUCGCGUCCAUGUUUUGCAAACUUUUGUUGGUAGGUGCUCUUCAAUCUGUCUGUGGAAAAGCCCUGAACCCCACCUCGCCGAUAUAUCAGAAGCCACUUGUUUCUCAUUUAAUUCGUAAGGAAACCGCAAGAUUCAUUCAUUUCUCCAAGGUCUCGGCCAUGGCGGAAGGAACCAAUAUGCACAACCAUGCCAAUAGGCUCUCCAAAGAGCACAGUCCUUACCUUCUUCAGCAUGCCCACAAUCCAGUUGACUGGUACCCUUGGGGAGAGGAAGCUUUUCAAAAAGCUCGGUCUAAAGGCAUGCCUAUUUUUUUGUCGAUUGGAUACAGCACAUGUCACUGGUGCCAUGUUAUGGAAGUAGAAUCAUUCGAGAAUGAAGAAGUCGCAGAGAUGCUGAACGAUUGGUUUGUUAGCAUCAAGGUUGACCGAGAAGAACGUCCAGAUGUUGAUAAGGUCUACAUGACUUAUGUGCAAGCUGUGUAUGGAGGUGGUGGAUGGCCAUUGAGUGUCUUCCUUUCCCCUGAUCUGAAGCCUUUGAUGGGUGGAACGUAUUUUCCUCCUGAUGACAAGUAUGGGCGACCAGGUUUCAAGACAGUACUCAGGAGAGUGAAGGAAGCUUGGGAUACUAAGAGAGACAUGCUCGAGCGAAGUGGGAUUUCCACUAUUCAACAGCUUUCGGAUGCUUUAUCUGCAACUGCUAGCUCUGACAGCUCGGAUAGGGCACUACCCCAAAAUGCUAUCCAACGAUGUGCUGACCAGCUUGCAAAAAGUUAUGAUGCAGAAUAUGGAGGUUUUGGGUCUGCACCAAAAUUCCCUAGGCCUGUGGAAAUUCAGCUAUUUCUUUAUCAGUCAAAGAGACUAGAGGAAAGUGGGAAGCCUCAUGAAGCAAAAAAAAACUUAGAUAUGGCUUGUUUUAGCUUACAAUGCAUGGCAAGGGGUGGGAUGCAUGAGCAUAUCGGAGGGGGGUUCCAUAGAUACAGUGUGGAUGAGCGUUGGCACGUUCCACAUUUCGAGAAAAUGCUUUACGAUCAAGGACAGCUUGCCAAUGUUUAUUUGGAUGCAUUCGAAAUAACAAAGGAUACCUUUUAUUCAUCCGUGGCCCGAGAUGUUCUUGACUACUUGAGGAGAGAUAUGAUAGAUGCAGGAGGAGGGAUUUAUUCAGCAGAAGAUGCAGAUAGUGCAGAGUUUGAAGGCGCAUCAAGGAAGAAAGAGGGCGCCUUCUACAUCUGGACAAGUGAAGAGGUUGAUGAAAUACUUGGAGCACAUUCAGCCUCUCUCUUCAAGGACCAUUAUUAUGUAAAACCUGGUGGAAACUGUGACCUUUCAAGAAUGAGCGAUCCCCAUGAUGAAUUCAAGGGGAAAAAUGUGCUGAUCGAGAGGGAGAGUCUUCCUGAGAGAGCUUCAAAGCUGGGAAUUUCAAUAGAUGAAUACUCUGAUAUUCUUGGAACAUCUUGUCAGAAACUCUUUAAUGUGAGAUCAAAUCGACCACGCCCUCACCUAGAUGAUAAGGUAAUUGUUGCGUGGAAUGGACUUGCGAUGUCGGCUUUUGCGAGAGCCUCUGUUAUUCUCGAGGCAGAACCUGAAGGAACCAAAUUUCACUUCCCUGUAACUGGCUGUGACCCGAAGGAGUAUAUGGAAGUUGCCGAAAAGGCAGCAUCUUUUAUCAGGAGUAAUCUUUACAUAAAAGAGAAUCAUAGGCUGUACCAUAGCUUCCGCAAUGGUCCAUCAAAAGCUCCAGGAUUUCUAGAUGAUUAUGCAUUCUUGAUUUCUGCCCUUCUAGAUAUGUAUGAGUUUGGAGGGAGGACUGAAUGGUUAUCAUGGGCAAUCGAACUUCAAGCUACACAGGAUGAAUUAUUUCUCGACAAAGAAGGUGGAGCAUAUUUCAACACCCCAGGUGAAGACCCGUCGAUCCUUUUGCGUGUGAAAGAAGAUUAUGAUGGUGCAGAACCCUCUGGAAACUCAGUUUCCGCCAUUAAUCUGAUAAGAUUGUCUUCAAUGGUUGGUGAUGACUUGUCCACCUACUAUCGACAGAAUGCGGAGCAUCUUCUGGCGGUGUUUAAUAAGAGGUUGAAGGAGUUUCCCAUGGCUGUGCCCCUUAUGAGCUGUGCGGUGGAUAUGCUUGCAUACCCUUCCCGCAAACAAGUGGUUCUUGUUGGUGACAAAAUGCUCCCAGAGUUUCAUGGCAUGGUUAGGGCAGCACAUGCUACGUCUGAUCUGAACAAAACUGUGAUUCAGAUUGAUCCGAGCAACAAGGAGGAUAUGGAGUUUUGGGAGGCCAAGAACCAGAGCAUUGCAUUAAUGGCCGAGAAGAGCCCUAAAGUUUCCAAGGCUGUGGCUCUUGUGUGCCAAAAUUUUACUUGUAGUGCUCCUCUUGUUGACCCAGAUGCUCUUAGGGAAUUACUCUUGCCACAACAAAUGGCCAUCUGAUGGUUUGCUUCUGUAUGUAUUCAUGUGUGACAUGUGAAUGACUUGUGUAAAGCCACCAGUGAGUCUGGUAUGUAAAUUAUGCAAUGCAUCCCGCCCCAGAAUCUCCUGUGCACCUGAGUUCAUUGUCCAAGUGGAGGGAAGCCGUUAUGAAAACAUAAUUUUCUUCAAAAAAAUAAAAUCAAGUCUAUGAUUGAAAGA